AAUCUGUAAAUCGAAAGAACUUGUGUGUAUCUCGGACAUUUGCCCAGACAUUAGAACAGUACCGAGUAGACUUCCGGAAUAAAUUCGACACAAUUUUUGUUAAUAGAGAAUAGGUGAAAAUAUGUCGGACAGUGAAUUCUCGGAUGCAGAGAGUGGUGGUGGGGACAGUGAGGGAGAGAUGUCCAACCAGGGCUCGGACGAGGAUAGUGUGAGUGCUCCUCAUAAAAAACGAAACGUUAUUAACAGUGAAGAUGACGACAGCGAUGAUGAUGGGCCACAACAAAAGAAACGAAAAGUUAGCGGCAGUGACGAUGAUAUAGAUGAUGAAGAAGACGAUGUUGACUUCGAUGAGGAGGAGGAGGAAGAGAGAAUGCGAGGGAAGAAGAAAAAACCUCGUCAUGGAGGAUUUAUUUUGGAUGAAGCAGAGGUUGAUGAUGACGAUGAAGAAGAAGAUGAGCUUGAUUGGGAAGAAGGCGCUGCCGAACUUAUUGAGAGAAAAUCUACGUACGAGGGACCCACUGCAAAAGAAAUGGAGAGCAAUAGACGGCUUAAUGAAUUAAUGAAUAACCAGACAGAGGACGAGAUUGAAGCUUAUUACAGACAAAAGUAUGGCGACAGUUCCACUCUCGACAGAUUUGGCGAAGGCGAGGAAAUGUCGGAUGAAAUCACACAACAGGGACUCUUGCCUGGUGUCAAGGACCCAAACUUGUGGUUGGUGAAAUGUCGUAUAGGAGAGGAAAGGCAGACGGCUCUACAGUUAAUGAGAAAGUUUAUUGCAUAUCAGUUUUCUGAUGAGCCGUUGCAAAUUAAGGCUGUGAUAGCGAAGGAAAGUUUGAAAGGCUACAUCUAUAUAGAAGCAUACAAGCAGACUCACGUAAAACAGGCUAUUGAUGGUGUGGGCAGUCUGAAACUUGGACAAUGGUCACAAAUGAUGGUCCCUAUCAAAGAAAUGACCGACUGUCUGAAAGUGGUCAAGGAGACGGCAGUUCUGAAGCCAAAGGCUUGGGUCCGUCUAAAGCGUGGAAUCUUUAAGGACGAUCUGGCUCAGGUUGAUUACGUCGAGUCAGCCCAGAAUGCCGUGCAUCUGAAGUUGUUGCCGAGAAUAGAUUACACUAGAAUGAGGGGAAUCAUGAGGAACCAACAGUCUGAUGCGGAGAGAAGGAAGAAGAAAAGAAGACCUGCACAGAAAUUAUUUAACAUAGAUGAUGUGAAAGCCAUUGGUGGCGAGACUUCACGAGAUGGAGAUUUCUUUAUAUUUGAAGGCAACAAGUACAGUCGAAGAGGAUUCCUAUUCAAACCAUUUGCCAUGUCUGCAAUUAUAGCUGAGGGUGUUAAGCCCACACUAGCAGAAUUAGAGAAGUUUGAAGACCAACCAGAAAAUAUUAAUAUUGACAUAAUUCCCGAUAAAAGCUCAGGGGAGAUUACCCACAAUUUCACGCCUGGGGACGUAGUUGAGGUGUGCGAAGGGGAGUUAAUACAUCUCCAGGGUAAGGUUAUCAGUAUAGACGGGAACAAAAUCACAAUGAUACCAAAGCACGAAGAUCUUAAAAAAGACCCGCUCGAGUUUCCGGCCCACGAGUUAAAGAAACACUUCAAGACCGGAGAUCACGUGAAAGUUAUCGGAGGAAAGUACGAGGGUGACACGGGACUGAUUGUUCGUGUAGAGGAUAAUAUCGUUGUGUUGUUCUCGGAUCUUACGAUGCACGAGUUGAAAGUUUUACCCAAGGAUUUACAGUUGUGUGCUGACAUGGCCACAGGUGUUGAUUCUCUAGGACAAUUCCAGUUUGGAGAUCUUGUGCAUUUAGAUCCACAGACUGUAGGGGUUAUUGUAAGAUUGGAGAAAGAAAACUUCCAAGUUUUAAGUAUGCACAAUAAAGUGCAGAAUGUAAAACCUCAAGCUAUCACUAGAAAGAAGGAUACAAAACACGCUGUAGCGCUUGACUCAGAAAAUAAUAAUGUAUCAGUGAAAGAUAUCGUCAAAGUAGUGGAUGGGCCACAUUCGGGUCGUGAUGGAGAAAUCAAACAUUUGUAUAGAAGCUACGCCUUCCUGUUGUCAAGAAAAAUGACUGAGAAUGGAGGAUACUUCGUUUGCAAGACACGUCAUCUUGUCCUGGCUGGCGGACAGUCAAAGUCGAAUGUGUCAGUUGGGUUGCCAGGUUUUAUGUCACCACGUCUGUCUAGCCCCGCCCAUCCUGGUAGUGGUGGAGGCGGGUCUACACCUGGGCGGGGCAGAGGUGGAGGAGGCCCGGGCAUGAAGCGAGACAGAGAAAUGAUUGGUCAAACUGUGAGAAUUGUUCAAGGACCCUUCAAAGGUUAUAUUGGUAUUGUGAAGGAUUCUACAGAAUCUACUGCUAGAGUAGAACUUCAUGCUAGCUGUAAAACCAUCUCAGUGGACAAAUCUCGUCUGGCGUCCCUCACUGGUGGCAGACCAAGUGGUGGAAGGACAUCUACAUAUGGAGGCCGGACACCAGUAUAUGGUGGUCAGACACCUAUGUAUGGUUCCCGUACUCCCAUGUAUGGAUCACAGACUCCUCUACAUGACGGGAGCCGGACUCCUCAUUAUGGUUCCCAGACUCCACAACAUGAAGGUAGUGGAACUCCCGGUAGAUCUGGUGCCUGGGAUCCAGCUAAUGCUAAUACCCCAAGCAGAUCUCAAGAUUUUGACUAUCAGUUGGAUGAUACAGUGUCACCUGCCUCCGAUGUGCACAGCCCUGUCGGUGGCCCCUUUACACCACAGACCCCUGGUAGUGCUUAUUCUCCAUACAACCCAUCUCCAGGCUCGUCAUAUCAAGCAAACAGUCCUGGUCUGGGUGGUUCAUCGCCUAGUCCCCUGGGAUACCAAGCCUCCCCGUCCCCUAGCGGAUACGCUGGCUACAGUCCUAUGACCCCAGGGGCUCCUUUCACUCCACAGACGCCAGGUACAGCCAUGGACCAUAUAAAUGCAGACUGGCACACAACAGAGAUUGAAGUCCGGAUCAAAGAAACGCAUGACGAUGCUGAUUUGAUACACCAGACUGGAGUGAUUAGAAGUGUCACGGGAGGUAUGUGCUCCGUGUUCCUACCAGAAGAAGAUAAGGUUGUCAAUGUAUCAUGUGAGCAUCUAGAACCUGUGCUACCUGAGAAAAAUGAUAAGGCCAAAGUUAUUCUAGGUGAGGAAAGGGAGGCAACUGGGUCUUUACUGAGUAUAGACGGAGGAGAAGGAGUAAUCAAACUUGAUGGUGGAGAAAAGAACAUAAAAAUGUUGCCCAUUAGAUAUCUGUGCAAAAUGCCGAGUUAAAUCUAGAUUUUAUAAUAACAAAUAACAGUGUUUCGUACAUUACAAGACUGAUUUAGAAUAUGUCUUAUUCCAUAAGCUUAUAUGGUACAAGAAAUGUGCAGAAAGAUUUUCAGAGUCCCUAGUGGCUCUGUGUUAAAUCACGGAUCUUAAUUACAUGUAAAAUAAAUCUGUGGUCAAAUCUGAACAUAAAUUUUCUUAUAUACACAUAUUGCACAACAAGUGUGAAAAAAAUGACAAGAGAAAACUGUGGUUUGGAGGUCACAUGUAGAUUUAACAUACGAAAACAAAUUGGAAAAAAAAACAUGUUUUUUUUAUAAGUCAAUUUCACCAUGUUAAGAAAUUUUGCAUUGAAUUGCAAAAUUUAUUUUAUUUGCACUUAUUAUAGUUUAAGUUUUUUGUUCAGAUAUUCUAAUUAAGUAUUGAAAAUUGUUGUCUUAAUAUUUAUGUGAUCAAAAGAUAAAGGCAGGAAAGAAAAUUCUUUAAAACAAUGCAAUUAUUUUGUGUUUGAAUUUGAAUAUGUCUUUUUAUUUAAAAAAAAACAACAUUUUUUGUUAAGAGUUUUCAAUGCAUUGCUCUUUUUUUUUUUGGUAAAAAAACCCAAAUCAACCACAUUUAUCGCACAAAAUUUGAUCAUCAAAAUGUAAUCACUCAUUUAUCAAGUCAAAGGUCCCAGGCUGGUGACCUUAAAUACAUUGCUGAAAAAGUUUACAUGUUUUUGCAGUUUUGAUGGAAGUAAUAUUGUUUUUGUCUUUCAUUGCUUUUUCUUACAAUGAUUUUCUUUUAUAAAUGCUCACUUAAUCAUGUUAAAUAAUAUUUUUAUAUGUUCACAUGUUGUGCUUUCAAUGGUUAUUAAAGGUUUUUGAUAGGAAAAGGUAAAUUUCUGCAGUCAAAUCUGAGUUUGAUUUGUUUCUUGAGCCAAAUAAGGCUUGAAAACAAUAUAAUUGUUCAUUGAUAAAAUUAUUUUUAAAACUUUGUUCCGAGAUACACAAAUUUAAGUCAUGUACUUGAAAUAUAAGGUUAACCCUUCCACUUUUGGAACCAAAAUAUGAUCAGCCUUUGCCACCAGUAUAAAGCCAGGCCAGCCUACUGGUGGCUGACCAACUUAUUUAUUAUUCAUCUUGACAUCCCCAAAGAUGGUAAUGGGCAGUUCCAAAAUUAAAAGUUGGACAAGUCCAUUUAAGGAAUUCAUCAGACCAAAGGUUCAGAGCUCAAUUUUCAUCAUGAUAUCCCUAAAAUGAUAAUGGGCAGUUCCAAAGUAUUGGACAAGUCCAUAAAUAAAUUCACUAGUUUCAGCGUUAAAGAGUUCCUUGGAAAGCAAAGUGUGAUUCCUGAUUUCUUACAAGUAUCUUGAUCCUUAGUAAUCCAUUCAUUUCUGUUUUUUUACUUGCCUUUGUAAUUGUUUUUAAAUAUUUCCAUAAAAAUCAAGUUUAAGUUUAGUUUUGUUUCAUUUCACGUUCAUACAUGUUUUCAUUAAUGUAGAUUUGAUUUUUUUUUCUUUUUGAAUUUUGAAUUUCAAGAUUUCACAUUUAUGUUAGGAAUAUAAGGACAUGGUUUGUAAACGCUUUGAUAAACGUUAAGUGCUUUGAAGAGAGAAGAAAAAACAGCUGAAUAAACGAUGGAAGUUA